UCGUGGUUCGCACCGGUAGCUACUACAUCCUUCGCUCUCAGUCUGUCUCACUCUCACCACGCACUCUGCCUUUCUGGGUUUUCAGUUCUCUCGAAGUAGAAAACCAUGACCACAUCCAUAUCCAAUCUUCUAUCUCCACGACCGCCUCUUACCUUCUCUCACAAACAACUCUCUCUCAAGCACUCGUCACUUCUGUCUUUUACCAGUUUCACCAAGGAAACAAUAAACAAAGCAAAACCCAGAAGAAGACUCUCCUCCAUCAAUGCCAAAAACAAUGGUAGCGACGACGCAGCUGAUGCCCCAGAUCGUAUAAUUUCAGCUGUCUGUUACUUCUACCCCUUCUUUGACGGCAUUCAAUACGGAAAGUAUGUUAUCACUCAAUUCUCUCCCAUUCAAACCCUUAUACAGCCCUUGGUGCCAGCUAUUAGGGUUUUUAAGAGCUUUCCCUUUAAUGGGUUUUUGGUGUUUCUGACUCUCUAUUUCGUUGUUGUGAGGAAUCAAAAUUUUAGUAGAUAUGUGAGGUUCAACACUAUGCAGGCUAUAGUGUUGGAUGUUUUGUUGAUAUUCCCAGAUCUUUUGGAGAGGACUUUUAACCCAAGAGGGGGGUUGGGGCUUGAUUUGGUGAUGAGUUUGGAUAGCACUGUGUUCUUAUUCCUUUUGAUUUGUUUGAUUUAUGGGUCAUCUACUUGCUUGCUGGGACAGGUGCCCAGGUUACCAAUUGUUGCUGAGGCAGCUGAAAGGUUUGGUUUAGGGGAUACCAGUGGUUUGCAGAUGUUUGCUAUUGUCCGGGAAACUCUUUGAAUAGCUCCAACACAGUUUAAAAGAGACGUGUGGCAUGUGCAUUUUCUUCUGCUCAAAUUUUGGUUUGCUUCUGUAUGGUUGAGUUAUAUGUGAUUUAGGUAUUCUCAUACUGCUAAAUGUAUAACUGUGAGUGAUGAGAUGUUUACCUUCUUUAUGCUGCCAAAAUUUCAUGUUCUUGUGCUGUUAUUUUAUAGGAGCACUUUGCUCUUGAUGAUGUUAGUUGGCUGUUAUAGGAUAUCAUGUAACUACACACCUGCAUUUGACGUGUUUGGGUAAUUGGCUGUUUGGGACUUCUUAGACACACACUAAGCUAGUGUUGUAGUCGAGCCCUGGUUUUAUAAGUUUCGGCGUACAGUAGUAUCCAAAUGUUGAGAUGGAUGCAAAUGUUUUUGUACGGAUCAUGUGGGGCUCAUGAUUUUACAUGGAUUAUGUGUGUCUAUUUUAACA